GAAGCAGUCCGAAUCGUCCAAGAUAGACCGGUUUCAAUUUCCGUGUGUCAUGUCAAGUGCAGACCCGCAGCAUCGCCCGUCGCAGGCCACUCUGCGCAGGGCCAGCACGGCCCAUACUAACGACUUUGACGAUACCUUUUUGGGCCGAGUGAGAUCGUUCUUCCAUCGCGACAGGCACGUCGGCGUGGUCAGCCACCAUGCGCUUCGUGAUAAAGAAGACAUCGAGAUUCAUACGUGGAAUGGGAAGGAUGACCCGGACAACCCCUUCAACUGGAGCAAUUCGUACAAAUGGACCUUGACCAUCACCGUCUGCAUCAUAUCGGUCCUGACUGGACUCCCUGCCGGCUCCUACGGAGCCGGGAAUAACUACAUGGAAGAGAAGUUCCAUGUCCAAAAUACACCGUUUCCCAACUUGGCCUGGGCCACGACUUCCUGGAAUAUGGGAGCCGCCUUUUGGCCGCUGAUAUUCGUGCCAUUGACCGAAUCAUCGGGCCGCAUGCCAGGAUACUUUGUCGCAUAUUUCCUGUUGAUCGUGUCGCUAUUCCCGUCGGCCUUUGCGCAAAACUUCGCGACGCUGGUGGUCACUCGGUUCUUUGGCGGCGGCGCCUCCUCCGUGUCGAUUAACAUCGUCGGUGGCAGUAUCAGUGAUGUCUGGCGCGGCGACAAGGCACGCAGCGUUCCUAUGUCACUUUUCGGGUUGACCAGUGUCGUUGGUAUUGCGUUGGGACCAUUCAUCGGCUCUGCAAUCCAGGCUAUUCAUAAGAAUGACCCAUGGCGAUGGAUCUUCUACGUCCAGAUCAUCUACAACGCCGGCCUCCUCCCCAUCUUCUGGCUUCUCCUCUACGAGACGCGCGCCGACGUGAUUCUCUCCAGACGAGCCAAAAAGAUCCGCAAGGAGACCGGACGCCCCGUCUACGCGGAGGCCGAAAUCAGCCAAACCAGCGUGUGGAAGCUGCUGCAGGUGUCAUUCGAGCGGCCGACACGCAUGCUUCUCACCGAGCCCGUCGUCGCCUUCUUCACCCUCUGGAUCAGUUUCGCCUGGGGCAUCCUCUUCCUGUUCUUCAGCAGCGUCGUGCAAACCUUCAGCACGAACUACGGCAUGAACACGCUCCAAACCGGCCUCAUCCAGCUGGCCAUCUCCGUCGGCGCCCUCAUCGGCACCAUCGUCAACCCCCUCCAGGACAUGAUCUACCUGCGGUCGGCCAGCCGCAACAAAGAAGCGCCCGGACGUCCAGUCCCGGAAGCCCGUCUGUACACGUCCAUCCCCGGGAGUCUGCUCUUCGCCGGCGGCCUGUUCUGGUACGGCUGGUCGAGUUUCCCGCAUGUGCACUGGAUCGUGCCGACGUGCGGCAUCGCCGCCACGGGCCUCGGCAUCUACUCGAUCUACAUGGCCGUCAUCAACUACCUGACUGAUGCGUACGAGAAGUACGCGGCGUCUGCGCUGUCGGCGGCGUCGCUGGGGCGGAACUCCUUCGGGGCGUUUCUGCCGCUGGCGUCGUACGAGCUGUUCGAUCGCUUGGGAUAUGGAUGGGCAGGCUCGUUGCUGGGGUUCAUUGGUGUGGCGUUGUCCGUGGUGCCGCUGGUUUUGGUGUGGAAGGGGCCGGAGAUUCGACGACGUAGUCCGUUUAUGAGUGAGUCCACGUUCGUAGAAGAUGAGGACGACGAUGUAGGGAAAGAGGAAGAGGUGGCGGCGGAAGGGAAUGGAACGGCGCGGAGGGAGUAAGGUCAGUUUUGGGAUUUGAAUAUGGCGUUAUGCAUAGGUAUGGGUAUG